UAAAGACGCACUACUUAACAGUUUAACACUUAACACUCCUUUUUAUUUCUCUCUCCUCAAUCUGACAAUGGCAGUAUCAAUGGAGGCGGGAACUGCCGUUAUCCUCACUCUCUCUCCUCCUCCCAUCCCCGCCAUUUUUCGUCGACGAUUUCAAAAUUCUCUCGGAAAAUCGUCGCUAUUUUCCGGCACUUCUCUCUCUACUCGCACUUCGAAUUUGCGCAUUUUCAGUGUCUCUCAAAGGCCUAGUCAGGGGGAUUUUUAUGGAGGCAGCAAUGACGUUACUUUGACACCUGUGUCUGUGUUAACUUUCGCGAAAGGACUGCUGAAGUUUAUUUUUGCUAACCUUCUACCACUAGCUCUUGUUGGUGGCGCAGCACUUGGGUUCACCAGUCCUACACUGGGUUGUCUAGCACACAAAUAUUCCUUGUCAAAAUUUAUCACCUGUUGGCUUUUCUUUUUGUCAGGACUGAAAUCACAGGAUGGUGAUGUUAAAGAAGUUGUUGAGGCUUGGCCUGCAGUACUUUAUGGGCUUGCUUCCAUCCUGCUGGUGUGUCCUAUCUUCUCAAAGUUGAUUCUCAAAAUUCGCAUGGUACCACAGGAGUUUAUUACAGGGUUGGCGAUCUUUAGCUGUAUGCCUACGACAUUGAAUGGAGGAGUUGCACUUACACAACUUGUAGGUGGGAAUUCUGCUUUGGCUCUUGCUCUGACAGUGAUAUCUGUUCUUAUAGGCAUAUUGACUGUACCUCUUUGGAUCACAAAAUUUGUUGCUGAUGGAUUUGGUGUAACAAUCCCAACCUGGCCGCUGUUUCAAAGUCUUGUUCUUACCCUUAUAGUCCCUCUAAUCCUGGGAAAGGUAUUGCGGAAUUCGUUUCCUGGUAUGUCAAGCUAUGUUGAACGUAAUGAGAGGUGGUUUUCUGUCACUACUUCAAUUCUCCUUGGUAUUUUUCCUUGGAUGCAAGUCAGCAAGUCACGUCAAUUAUUAUUGAUGGUUAAGCCUGAAGUCUUUGUUUGUGCUGUUGCGAUUGGAAUACUUGUCCAUCUCAGUUUUUUAGUUUUUAAUGCCACCUUGGUCAGAGGUUUAUCUGUUGGAUCAUCCUCUUGGAAGUCAGUAUUUGAGAAGCAAGAAAACAGAAGGGCUCUGAUGUUGGUUUGUAGUCAGAGAUCCUUGCUUAUUGCGACAGCUGUAGUGGAGCAGCUUGGAGGUGUUCUUGGGGAAUCAGGCUUGCUGCUUCUGCCUUGUGUAGCAGCUGACGUUAACCAGACCUUUGGAGGAAAGGGAGGACGCGUAUCAACUGCUGGAGUACGCAGGGGUCCCCAAGAUUGUAGGAGAAAGAACAUGAAUAUCCAAAACUUCAGGGUAAAAAUUGAUGUCAAAAUCAAUAGUAGAUCAUGAGUGAUCGGGUGUAAGAAUGAGAAGGUAAUAAAAUAAUUGAUGAUCUCAAAUUUGCGAUCAUUCAUCGGGUUUGCUCUUAGGGAAUUCCUGUUAUAGAAUCCUUGCAUAUUCUUGAAGGAGGUGGCAAGGGAAGUAUUCGAUAUUUUGGGGGUCGUCAAGUGUUCAAGUAAGGUUUUCGAACAAUUUUCGUUAUUAGAUUUUCCUUUAAAAUGUUUUUAUCUUUGUGGUUUCAUCAAAUAAUAAAAUAAGAUAAAAUCGUUUGGCUAA